CGCCUGCUCCCCUUCCUCUCCCCAUCAUCUCCGCAUCCCCGCAUCCCGCGCCGGCCGCUCGGGCUGAGGGCCGGGCUAUGCAGCUGCGGGGACCUGGGGGCUGCGGGCGCGCGUCCCUGCGGCGGCGUCCCCGGGGCCCGCGCCCCGUGCGCCCCCGCGCCCGCUGCGGGCGCCUGCUCCCUCCGCCGAGCGGCGUCUUUGUGUGCGGGGGUGUGGGAGGCGAGCGCGAGUCCGCGCCGCGCCGCCGAGUGCCCGCUCCCUCCCAGGGCGGGUGGGGGCAUCUCCGCGCCGCCCGCCGCCGCCGCCUCGCGAGGACGCCCGUCGCCCGCGCCGCCCGCACCGCGCCGGGCGCGCUGCCCCCGCCCGCCGCCGCUCGCACAUGCCCGAGCCGCAGCCCCGCGAGCAGGCAGCGCCGGCCCCCCGCCCCGCGGCCCCGGGCCCCGGCUCCGGCGCCGUCCCUCCUCCCCGGCCGGGCGCCGCGGCCCCGGCAUGAGGAGCGGGCGAUGAUCCCCGCCAACGCCUCCGCCAGGAAGGGGCCCGAGGGCAAGUAUCCGCUGCACUACCUCGUGUGGCACAACCGCCACCGCGAGCUGGAGAAAGAGGUCCGCGCCGGCCAGGUGGACAUUGAGCAGCUAGAUCCCCGCGGCCGGACUCCCCUGCACCUGGCCACCACGCUGGGGCACCUUGAGUGUGCCCGUGUGCUCCUGGCACACGGUGCAGACGUGGGCAGGGAGAAUCGCAGCGGCUGGACAGUGCUCCAGGAGGCUGUGAGUACCCGGGACCUGGAGCUGGUGCAGCUGGUGCUUCGGUACCGGGACUACCAACGGGUAGUGAAGCGGCUGGCGGGCAUCCCCGUGCUCCUGGAGAAGCUGCGCAAGGCCCAGGACUUCUACGUGGAGAUGAAAUGGGAGUUCACUAGCUGGGUGCCCCUGGUGUCCAAGAUCUGCCCUAGUGACACCUACAAAGUGUGGAAGAGCGGCCAGAACCUGAGGGUAGACACCACACUCCUGGGCUUUGACCACAUGACCUGGCAGCGAGGGAACCGCAGCUUUGUCUUCAGGGGCCAAGACACAAGCGCUGUGGUCAUGGAGAUUGACCACGACCGCCGGGUGGUGUACACAGAGACUCUGGCACUGGCUGGGCAGGACCGGGAGCUGCUGCUGGCUGCUGCUCAGCCCACCGAGGAACAGGUGCUGAGCCGGCUUACCGCGCCCGUCGUCACCACGCAGCUUGACACCAAGAAUAUCUCCUUUGAGAGGAACAAGACUGGCAUCCUGGGCUGGCGCAGUGAAAAGACGGAGAUGGUGAAUGGAUAUGAAGCUAAGGUGAGGCUGCAGCUCCCAGCUGCCAGCCCAGCUGCACUCUUGCCUACAGCAAGCUGUACAGGGGAUUCUGACCUCCCUUCCCCAGCCCUGGAGGUGUAUGGGGCAUCUAACGUGGAGCUCAUCACCCGGACACGGACAGAGCAUCUUUCAGAACAGCACAAGGGCAAGGUCAAAGGCUGUAAGACACCUUUGCAGUCCUUCCUGGGAAUCGCUGAGCAGCACGGGGGCCCCCAUAAUGGGACCCUGAUCACUCAGACUCUGAGCCAAGCCAACCCCACUGCCAUCACUGCAGAAGAAUACUUCAACCCCAACUUUGAGUUGGGCAACCGUGAUAUGGGCCGCCCCAUGGAACUGACCACCAAGACACAGAAUGUCCCUUACCCCUUGGGAUCUGGUGGGGGCAGGUUCAAGGCCAAGCUGUGGCUGUGUGAGGAGCAUCCCCUGUCCCUGUGUGAGCAGGUGGCCCCCAUCAUUGACCUCAUGGCCGUCAGCAAUGCACUUUUUGCCAAGCUCCGGGACUUCAUCACCCUGCGUCUGCCUCCUGGCUUCCCAGUUAAGAUUGAAAUCCCGAUCUUCCACAUCCUCAACGCCCGCAUCACCUUCGGGAACCUCAACGGCUGCGACGAACCGGUGCCGUCAGUGCGAGGCAGCCCUAGCAGCGAGACGCCUUCCCCAGGCAGCGACUCCUCCAGCGUCAGCAGCUCCAGCUCCACGACCUCCUGCCGCGGCUGCGAGAUCUCCCCAGCGUUGUUCGAGGCCCCGCGCGGCUACAGCGUGAUGGGCGGCCAGCGGGAGGCGGCGACCCGGGACGACGACGACGACUUGCUGCAAUUCGCCAUCCAGCAGAGCCUGCUUGAGGCGGGCAGUGAGUAUGACCAGGUCACCAUCUGGGAGGCGCUAACCAACAGCAAGCCAGGCACCCACCCCAUGUCCUACGAGGGUCGCCGACAGGACAGGAGCGCCCCGCCCACGCCGCAGCGCCAGCCUGCGCCCCCGGCGUCAGUGCCCAGCCCUCGGCCCAGCUCAGGGCCAGGUUCCGGCGGCCACGUGUUCCGGAGCUACGACGAGCAGCUGCGGCUGGCGAUGGAACUGUCGGCGCAGGAGCAGGAGGAGAGGCGGCGGCGCGCGCGCCAGGAGGAGGAGGAGCUGGAGCGCAUCCUGAGGCUCUCACUGACCGAGCAGUAGCGCCCCCUGCCGGGACCCUCGCCUGCGCCACGCGCGCCACGCCCAGGGCCAGGAGCCAGACAAACCCCGGCCUGUGCGCCUGCAGAGCGGCGGCUGGAGACUGGAGCCACCGCCUCGCGGGUGCAGCAGCACAGCAGGCACGGUUAGGGGAGGGAUUCGGCAUGGCCGCGGGGUACCUUCCCAGGCCAGGGCCCUGGAGGCAACUGGCACGGCCUGGUCCCCCUGCUUUGCUGUAUCCUGAUUCCCCAACCCGCUCCCCUAGGCUCAGAUCUGUCCUGUCCUAGGGCGGAGCCAGGCGGUCCUGAGGGGGAGAUGAAUCCUUAGAGGAGCGCUGUUCCUAUCCCUUGCUCCUUCUGGCCGGUCCGCAUUUCUGUUCACUAACCCCACUCCAGGACACUGCCCCUGAAGCCUUUGCAUCUCUGCUCUUCACUCCUGGGGGGCAGCUGAGCUCCCCGCGUGCUGUGUCGCUGCUUUGUCCCAGACACAAACCAGCACGUCUAGGGCCCAGCCCCUCCCCCACCCCGGCAUUUCAGCGUCAAGUGCACUUAGCGGGGUACCCGGCUCCCCCAGCCCCCACACCCGUCCUGGGUCUCAGGGUGGUUCCAGCUUCUUGGGCAGCCAGAAGUUGGAGUCCCAUCCCCCAAGGCACUUUUUUUUUUUUUUUUUUUUUUGCGAUCAGGGAGUGUGUCAAACGUAGCCCCCUGGCCUGUGCAAGCCCUGACUCCCUCAUGGUGCCUCGGACAGUGGGGAGCAUAUUGGGCUGGGGUAAGCACUAGACCCGAGUAGACUGGACACAAAGGGCUCGCCCAGGGCCCUGGCGCCACCCCCACCCCUUCCCACCAGCUGCUGCUAGCCUCUGUGGUUGUACAUCCCACUUGCCCCCACACGGAGACUGACUCUAAAACCCUUCAUCCAAUGGUGCUAACCCCCGGCUCUCCCCUGCCUCACCUCACCCACCCAGAGAAGCACAGACCCCGCCAGGGGCAGGGGCCCACCGCACACCCUUGUCCCGGGCCUGUCUGGGACUGGCCUUCCCGGCUCAGCCAGUGAGGCUCAGAAGGGACACAAAAAGGGAUGGAAGAAAAGAACAAAGAGAAACUGUUCCUCCCACCCCCUUCCCUGAUGCCAGGGGCACCAGACUGAUUCUGAGGCACAAAUAAAAGAGGCUUCAUACCGGA